GGUGGUCAUCAUUUACACAGUUUUAGUUAUUCGCGAGAGUCAAUGUGUCGAAGUGGGAUGGUGUGGCCACCGAAAUCUUCACUGCCGUUAGGCAGAUUAAUGGUGGCAAUUUGUCUUACGGUUUGUGGUUCCCUGGACGCAACGGUUGAUGUGCCAACGAACUGUAUCCAGCACACGGACAUCACUGGGACAUACGAUCAGUACUGGGCUCUGGACGAGAUCGGGAAUCAACGGUCCGAGGAUGUGCCGAUCGAUUUCCACAUGUUUAUCGAGGUGCAUAACUUUGAUGAGGAGAUAGCUAUGCUUCUGUCGAAGGAAGAUCGAUCGUUUGAGCAUCCGGAUUUUGCGAGGACAUACGAGAUCCGGUUGGGGCAUAUCUACACGGUGAUCUACAGGGAGACAUUAAAGAUGAAGGCCUAUCACAGUCCGUUGAAUAAGCUGUUUCCGGGAGAUAAGUUCAAACUACGGAUUCGGAUCUUGAAGGAAGGUAACAUUACGGUUACGCUUGACGAUAACGACAAAAAGCCUGUGUUGAAUGUUUUUGACGUGCAAGGACCGCUGGACGUUCAGUACAUUAGCUUUGGGUCCAGGAUGAAUGCGUACCCGAUAACGUUCCAUUUCAAGUGCGAUCUGGAGAUGCCAAGUACCGAAGGACUGUCGGCGGAAGCACUACUGGGAUGCCCCGUUUGUCCCAAGCAGAAGUGUGAAGUGGUUGUGAAGGCCUGUGCCGAUAAUAAUAAGGAUGCAAGCGCCUUGGACCCCGAGAAGGAAAAGUACUACUUCUACUUCAACAUGUACUUGAAUAAAAAUAAAGGCAAGAGAACCGAUCAGUUGAACUGAACGCCAUCCAGCAUGUAAUUUUUUGCAUAUUUUAUAAUUACAACGUAUCGAUAAAUAAAUACCCCCAAUUUAUUA